UUCCUUUUUGUCACGAAUUUCACUUCUUCCUCGUGUUCCCCUUUUUCAGCAUCUCUUUUGAGAUUCCAUUAUUUUAAUUAAACGCUAAAAUUAACAAAAUUUUGAAUCCUUCUCAUUACAAGGUGAAGGUAGCCGUACUUAAUUCUACUAUGAAGUAUGAAGUGACUUCCAUCUCUCUCCUCAUCUUCUUCUUUUUCUCCAGCUUCUAGCUCUUCAGCUAUGGAGGUUAUACCAUGAUUCAUGUUAUCUCAAACUGGGGCUAUUGUGGGAGCUAAAGACCUGUAAUUUGAUGGGUUCCCUAGUCCUUACUGUGCUUGGAGGUGCAUUAUAUUCCCCUUAAAAUUCUUUGAAAUUUAAUUCUCCUGUUUGGAAGAUUCAAGAUUUUAAAGAGAAAAUGAAGCAAAGAACUGAGCUGAAAACAAAAGGUCCCAGAAAGUUGGGUAAUUCUCAGCAAAUUGUGUAUGAACUUAAGCAUCGAGUAGUUCUUUCGCUAAAUAAGAUUUCUGAUCGUGAUACUUAUCAAAUUGGAGUUCAGGAGCUGGAAAAACUAGCUGAAAGUUUAAAACCUGAUGGAAUGAUCCCAUUUUUGUCUUGCAUAUUGGAUUCUGAUUCAGAGCAGAAAAGUGCUGUUCGCAAGGAGUGCGUCAGGAUGAUGGGUGUGUUAGUGAAAUUGCACGGCGAUCUUGUAGGUCCACACUUGGGGAAGAUGGUAGCUUCAAUCGUAAAGAGACUGAAGGAUCAGGACACUGUUGUCAGAGAUACAUGUGUGGAUACAAUGGGUGUUUUUGCAGCAGAAUUUGGAAAACAUCAAGUGGAAAGUGAUGGUAUAUUUGUUUUGUUAGUGAGACCGUUUUUCGAGGCCUUAGGUGAUCAGAACAAGCAGAUUCAAACUGGUGCUGCAUUGUGUCUUGCAAGGGUCAUUGACAAUAUUAUCGAUCCUCCGAUUUCGAUCUUGCAAAAGAUUUUGGCUCGCAGCAUGAAGCUGCUCAAGAAUCCACACUUUAAGGCUAAACCAUCAGUGAUUGAAUUGAACAAAAGCCUUAUUCAGGCGGGAGGUGCUUUGUCGCAUAGUGCUUUAUCUACUUCAAUUUGUAGCAUCCAAGGAGCCCUUAAAGAUAAUGAUUGGACAACUCGUAAGGCUGCGUCAUUAGCACUGGGAGAGAUAGCUUCAAGAGGGGGACCCUUACUAGCACCUUUUAGGGCUUCUUGUGUGCAAGCACUUGAAUCAUGUCGCUUUGAUAAGGUUAAACCAGUAAGAGAAACAGUAUUACAGGCUCUUCAUUGUUGGAGAAGUAUUGAAAGGAAAAAUGUGCCUGAAUGUUCAGAUACAAUGUCUACUAUAAAAGAUAGUCCAAGUAGAGAUGACUAUGGGGAUCUGGUUCCUGCUUGUAGCUCUUUGUGGAAAGAUAUUGCUCAGGAAAAUUUGAAAGCCAAUUUUGUCAGGAAAAGAGCUCCAGUCUCGACUAGAAAACUAUGUUCUAAAUUUGCUGAUACAUCUGGUAAGUCUAAUGAAUGUGAGUGGCAUGUGGGUGUUGCUGUUCCAAAGAUGCAUCCUGGUUUUCCCCGACUUCUUCAUAACGACGAAUCUGAGAGUAGCUCAGCCUGUAAGACGCAAGAAACGAUAACAGCUGAUGUCAUAAGCAUGCAAGGGAUUGGGUAUGAGUAUGAUCUAAGCGAUGAAAAGCAAGAGUAUACAUCUGUUUCUAAUCAUGUCUCAGAUGAUUUUACUAAUAAGUUUAUGUCAUCUAUUCAUCGCCAUUCUGGUAGAGGUGAUAUUAUAAUGUCUGAAGGGAGUGAGAAACUGUUUUUAGUGGGAAAAACUGAUGUUGAAACUGAAAAGUCACAUACUCCAAAGAUGGAAGAUCGUAGAAGUCUUGAUUCUACUGUAACUGAAGCUGAAGAGUGCGAUUCCGUGCAUGUUUAUUGUUCUCAGACAGAAAAUGAGAUAAGCUCAAUCAGAAAACAGCUUCUGGAAAUAGAAAAGAAACAGUCAAACUUGAUGGAUCUUUUUCAGGGAUUUGCAAUGAGCACCAUGGACACUUUGUCUGUGAUACAGUCGAAGGUUUCAAGUCUUGAACAUGCUGUCGACAAAAUAGCACAUGAUGUUCAUGUAAGCAAAUAUAAUGAUCUUGCAAGUAUGAGACACCAUGAAAAUGGUCGGAGUAUUGAUUCUCCUAGAAUUUUAAACACUUCCCCUAAGCCAUCAGUUGAUAUGCAGGACAAAACUUCUGCACGACCUUUAAGAAAGAACGAGAUUUGGGAGGGGAAAGCAGUAGUGAUCAAAAGUAAGAGCAAGUCUAUUCGCCCGUGUCUAGACUCUCAGAGACGGCCAUUAUCAAUGGUCAAUAGGAACUUUAUAGGAGCUGAACCUGAAACGGAUACUGCCUAUGAUCUGCACAGCAUGAGUUACCAUCAAAAUAUAAAAAAUGACUGGCCCAAUCCUUCAACUUCCCCUAGUAAUGCUCAGCAUCGGGCAAGAGUGAAGGAAAAUGGCAUUUAUAAACAUAUCAAGGGCCUUCUCUGUGAAGGGGAUAUUGAUUCUGCGUACAGAGAAGCUCUCUAUUCAGGUGAUCAACAACUUCUGAUUGAGCUCAUUGACGGAACUGGACCUGUGCUGGAUCGUUUAUCAAACGAGACUAUCAACAAUCUGUUAACCACUUUAGCAUCAUAUGUCUCAGAACAUAUAAUCAUCGAGUCUAUAUACCCUUGGUUGCAGCAGGUAGUAGAUUUGAGUGGAAUUCAUGGACCAAACUGUGUUCCUCUUUCAAUGAAAGUGAGAAGAGAGAUUCUAUCAGCAUUGCAGAAAGCAUUGGAUGUCGAUGUUACUAAUCCUACAAAGCGACGAAUGGUUGCCCAACUGGCUAUGAAUUUGCAACAAAUUUGGGGUUAAGACUGUUUUAACUUAUCAAAUUAACUUAUUAAUGAGAUAAUUAUAACGUAGGCCUUGUAGGGCGUAUGUAGUGGCUCAUACCCUUCUAAUUUUAAUGGUGAUUUCACUCCUUAUUUACUAGCACUUAAUGGAAUCUAUUGAGAUAGGCUUAAAUCAAGUGUUUGGACUUUUUAUUUAUGUGAAAUCACAGAUGAUAUUUGACAUUUCCUAUUAAUGAUCGAUCAGAAAUAACCUUUUUGCUAUCAAUAAUAAAGAUUGGUUGUGUACGUUUGAUUCUCUCGAACCUCGUUUAGGUGGGAGUCAUGACAUUGGAGUAGUAACAUUAGGAAAUCUUAAUGCCAAGUCAUAGGUUCAAGGGUUGGUGGAGGAUUGAGGAACUAGACAAAAAUAUGCUACAAUUUGAAACAAGUUUAUUUAAAGUUUCAUAAUGCAAUCUAUGCAACGUUAGAUUCAGAGUUUGAUUAAUAACUAGUCAUUCUCUUCUCCUAGCCUAUUAUGUAAUAAAAUCAACUUUAUUUACCAAACUAAUUGAAUGUGAUGGGCUUGUGAAUUACGUCACAUAGCAUCAAAGAGAAGUGCGACAAGAAUUUCGACA